AGUGGUAACCCCCCCGCACGACCGACGCGAGGAAGACGAAGGCGAAGGCGAAGCGGCCAGCCAAGCCAUGGCGCGGUGCAGCAACGGCCUCCUGGGCGUCCUCAACGCCGGCGUCCUGGUCCUCGCCCUGGUCGUCCUCGGCGGCGGCGUCUGGCUCAGCCACCGCGCCGCCACCACCGACUGCGAGCGCUUCCUGGAGCGGCCCGUCGUCGCGCUCGGCGUGCUCCUCCUCGCGCUCUCCCUCGCGGGCCUCGCGGGGGCGCUCUGCGGCGCCUCCUGCCUCCUCUGGCUCUACCUCCUCGCGCUCUUCCUCCUCAUCCUCCUCCUCUUCGUCUUCACCGUCUUCGCCUUCGUCGUCACCAACCGCGGCGCCGGCUGGGUGGUCUCCGGGAGAGGCUACAGGGAGUACCGCCUCGAGGACUACUCCACGUGGCUGCAGAGGAGGGUGGAGAACUCCGGCAACUGGGCCAAGAUCCGGAGCUGCCUCCAGGACGGCAAGGUCUGCGAGAAGCUCGCCGCCGGCCACCAGACGCUGGGCCAGUUCGUCAACACCAACCUCUCUCCGGUUCAGUCUGGAUGCUGCAAGCCUCCAACAGGAUGCAACUUCACCUACGAGAGUGAGACCGUCUGGAACAAACCUACUGGCUUUAACUCUACUGAUGAUCCGGACUGCACGACAUGGUCGAAUGUUCAGACUGCUCUGUGCUACGAUUGCCAGUCAUGCAAAGCUGGUGUACUCGCGAACCUGAAGAACGAUUGGAAGAAGAUUGCGACGGUGAACAUCAUAUUCCUGAUCUUCCUCAUCAUCGUCUACUCCGUUGGGUGCUGCGCUUUCAGGAACAACAGGCGGGACAACUCGUACCCAGCUUGGAAAUGAAAUGCAAGGUGAUGUAUAGGUUCUUAGGCCGUGUAGUCGGUGAUGUUUAAGCUCGUUCCUGUGUGUCAAACAACCCUAAUUAUGCCAUAUGUUACCGUUUAUGCAUCGACGGUUGCUAGUUGGUGCAUGGUUGCUAUGUUGCCAAGCACAUGAUCUGUGAGGGCUCUGGUCUAUUAUCAAGAUAUGUUGAUAGGCUACCUUUGUACCUUGGUUCAUAGCUAGCAUUACAUGUUCGUGCAUUCUACUGCUUCUGUUCUAUCA